GACACUCACAGUGAAACAAACCCAAACCUCACCCACUCUCACACACAGUCACACCACAUGCUGCAGGACCGUUCGCUCAGGAUGGCCACUCACAGAAAAUGCCACAAAGCGUCAAAUGUAGCUUUCUUAAUCUGUCUUUUUUCUGCCUUAUUUCAAGCUGUGAUUUGUGAUAAUGUGGAUGAAGAUUUGGGCAGAAUCAUCCGUGGGGAUGGUGAUCCACUCCUUCCAACAGCAAAGGUGCACAGCAAAGAGACGCCACGACCUGAGACCACUGAGCCGCCUCAACCUGACACACAUACCCCAGAUCAGACUGUCCCAAACCCACCUGAAAUAAACAGUGUCACUUCUUCUAAGGGCAGUGUUGUCUGUGUGGAUAAAAUACCGGUGCGAUACAAAUAUGAGGUGCAGCUCAAACUAAAGGCCUCCUCCAAAUGUGAAGAGACUAAAGUCAGGAUACAGAGUGUUCUAGAACAUCUCUGCGGUGAAGACUGCAAACUUGAAAUCUAUCAGGAAGACGACACAGAUGAGAUCAUUGUUUAUGGAGACAGCAUUGAAGCUGAUCCUGAAGGAAUGGCUGGGAAGUUCAACAACGACAACAUCACCGAUAAGGUGGAAGUAGAGGAGGCGGUGUCCCGAAUGGGCAAGCGCUCUAAAAUUGUCCUGAUCUCUCUUCUGAUAACGGGUUUGCUUCUUGCUGCUUUGCUAAUUGCUGGAUACCUUCUAAAGACAAAUCGAGGACAAUCGAAAGGGCUACGACUGGCUGAGGACUCCUUUCAAGUGGAUCAAGAGAACCAAGGCAACACACUGCUGUCUGUGGCUCCUCUGCCUCAACAGGAGCCUCUGGACAAGCUUAUCAUCAAUGGAGAGUCUCCAGAAUCUCCCCCCACCAACGGACACUCGGCCACCCAAACACAAGUGGCCGAUACUCCGAUGUAAACAACUCAACAUCAAUUUAUUGACCAGCGUGAAGAGUGAACAAACAUCAUGGGUUAUCAUGCACAACAGCACUAGCUGUGACAAAAACUGUAACAGAGAUGAUGUUGAGAAAAACAGUGAUGAAAGUACGAGAAACUUAUGUGAAAAGACUGAUUGCUGGACAGCCUUUUAGAUGAAAGAAACAAAUCUGUUCCAGUUGAGACUGAAAUGUUAGCUGAUGAAUAACAGUUCAGAUACCACAUCAAUUAUAUACAAACAUUUACACUUUCAAAUAUGUUUGGACUCCACCAGCGUUUUGACGCAUUCUCUUGAGAUCUUCCAUGCUUAAGGAAUUUCUAAGCUGCAUAUAAUGAAUAGGAUUUGAAUUAUACUUUUAGGUGAGCCAAAAUCUGAAGUAUGUACAGUAUUCAUACUAGAAAAGCAUUAUCAAGUCUACAACUGCUGCUCUACAUAGUGUUGGUGGUUACUAGCAUGUUCGUUAACAUUAAUGUGUUAGGUAUUACAAAAUAACAAUGAACAAUACUUUUACAGCAUUUAUUAAUCUAUGAUGAUGCCAGUUUCUAUAUAUACAACAUAAUACAUUUUUUUAACAUAUCAAGUUGAACAUUAAUGUAUUAUGAAAGAAUAUGUAUGAAUGAACAAUGGUAAACUUAUGAAUUAACAUCAACUUUGAUUAUUAAAUGCUAUAAAAUUGUUUGUGUCGAUGUUGUUCAUGAAAUCGAAUUCAUUAAUGUUAACGAACUGAAACUCAUUGUGAAGCAUUAUCCUUAAAUUUUCAGGUACAUCAGAAUAGUUACUAUUGUCUGGAUUCAACAGUUGUUAAAAUUAGGAUUCUUAUCAGAUAGAAUAGGGUUAUCAACUCUUGCUUUUCACUGACAUAAAUGUAGCCUCAUUUUCAAUCGCCUAUAUGUUAGUAUUUUGCAUUUUCCACUCUUGCUUUGAUUCAUUUUGGAAAUGUACAGGAUUCUUAUGCAUUUCAGACGUUUUUGUGUUUGGCAGAUGCUUUUAUGUAAGCAACUCUUGCAUUUAAAAUACAUUUAAUCAGUAUGCGUGUUCCUGGAAACUGAACUCAGGAACUUGGCAUUUCUAACAUUAUUCUCUACAAGCUGAGCUGAAAAAUGUGUAAUAUGCAAAAAGCAGUAAAGUGGUUUCUCAUAACACAAGUACUGCAAAAACUCUUCGAGUGUCAGACAUCAUGCACUCACACACAUCUUAAAGGUAAAGACAAAAUAGCCCCUACAACAAAUGACAAAUUUCACCUUUCUGUUUGUGUAAUUGCAUAUAUUUUUAUACAAAGUAUAUUUUGUUUUAUACUUUUUUAGUUUGGUGUGUAAUGUAGACAUUCAGUUAGUUAGUCAGUGGUGGGGGGGGAAUUAAGAAAGAUAUGAAUAUGUAAGGUUAUUGUUCAGCAUGUGGAAGUGUAUGUGUAUGAGUGAGUUCUUAUAUUGUUUUGUUUGUCGUAUUUCAUUUAUUGUGGAGAAGCCAAAUUUCUGAACCGCUAGAGAACAAAACACAAUUUUCAUAGUUUUUUUAACACAAUAUCAAUAAUUUAGAUAGAUUAGCAUAGUAUGUUUUUACUGUUAUUUUCUUGACCUUCUGAGAAAUCUGGAAAAUUUUAAUAAACUUUUGUUUGUGUCA